GAGAUACUCCAGCCCUUUCAAACAACCUGGCAGAGAUCUGGCCUUCCUAAGAAAAUGUUUGGGGACUCCUUUAACUGUCUCUUUCCGAGAGCUCCCUUUUCCCCUUGUGAGAACUGUGAAGACUCCGCUUUUUCCAAUUAAAAAUAAAAGCUACUGUUCGUAUUUUCAACAAAAAGCAUUAUAGUUCUGAAGGAACACACACACUCAGAAAGCAUUAUAGUUCUGAAGGAACACACCCAUUCAGAAUGAUUCCAAAGUGGGUCGCAACCCACCAGUUGAGAAGACACAGUGCACACUUCCUUGAGCAUAGCGCGAGGCUGAAGACCAGGGAAUGGGUCAUGUGACAUGGUUGUAAAAGGGGUAACCAGGCGCGAGAUACCCACUGUGGUGGUGCUGGAGUGUCAGUUAUUCUACCUAAAGUGGAAUUAGUCAACCGACGCAUUGUUUCAAGCUGAAAUUAAUCACAACAACAGGGUCUCCUCAGGUCCUGGGUGGGGUUGGAGUGAUGGUGUGUGUUUCAGGUCUGUGAAGGUCUCACUCACAUUCUGGUUUGAAACGCUUGUCGGAUGGAGCGCAGGCGUGAGACCCGCAAACCAUUCUACCGGGUCCCCGGUGCCAGCAACAAGACCAGCGCGGAGAUUGUGCAGGAGGCCCGACAGUCGUUACGGACCUUACGCACCCAGCGACCUUUCACCCCACUAGAUGAACACCGGCAGCUGUUUGGGGAGGGGUCUUCACGUCCCCGCGAUGGUCGCCCCCCCUCUGCUUUCAGUCUGCAUGCCCGGAACUUUGAAGCGCCGGACUCCAGGCCAGGUUCUGGAACCCGUCUCUCUCCUCUAGACCAUAAGCCCAGGCUGCCUGCUGCUGCCCUGGAUGGGGGUGCCCUGGAGGAGGCGGUGGCUCUACCCAAGCCGCCCACCGAGCAGACAGAAGGCAGGAAGGGCCUGGGGGUAACCAGAGCCAGGCUGCUCCGGGCUGGAUCCAACACCAGGCUCCCACCAGUGAGCUCACACAUGGAGGUGAGGAAGCCUGAGGAUUGUGAAUCCCCUACCCACCGUAGCGUCUCCUUCACUGAGAGAUUAGGCACUGGAGCACCUCCCUCUGCCCGUGCAGCUGCAGCCAAGGAGACCGAGCAGGCCGAGUCCUCCCUACCUCACCCUCAGCUCCACGGACCCUCCACAUACAGAGGUGAGAUAUCCCUGCCCGACAGAUCGGAUUCAAACACCCAAGCCACCACCUGUGGAACAAGAACAGAUAAAGAGGUCGGGGAUGGGGAUGGAUCAGGUACAGGAAGUGAUGUCACAGAGGAUUCAUUCUGGAACUCGAUGGUGUCUCCAGUCCUACAGGAGUUUGAGGCUGUGGUCACAGGAGGCAGCCCAUCCGAGGAGGUUGUGAGGCGACUGUGUGAUGAGUGCUCUCGUCUCCAUGGUGCCUUGCAUGAAAGAGGCAUGCUGGGUAGGAGGCUGCGGAAGAGAGCCACACUGCUGAGAUCUCUCUUCAGACUCAUAGACCUGGGCUCUGACCAGCUCAACCUGCUGCUGGCUAAACUUAUACUGGCACUGAAAGUGAGUGGAAACAACCUGCUGAACAUUUGCAAACUCAUCUUCAAAAUCAGCCGCAGUGCCAGCAAUGAUGCUCUCUUCCACAACAACUCCAUCAUAGACUCCUUGCUGAGCGUGCUGCGCAGUGAGGAUGUGAGUGUGUGUGGUGAGGCUCUGCUCUACUGCGUGGCCACGCUCAAGUUCCUCUCAGGAAACAGCGCCCUCCGGAGGCUGCUGCUGGAGAAGGACUGCAUCGGCAUCCUGAGUCAGCUCACACACAGGUUCACACACCCUCCCUCUGAUCGGGACAGCGCUGGCCCCACACACACCACCACUGGACACAUCCUUGUGCAGCUGACUGCAACCCUGAGGAACAUGGCGGACCUCUCUGAGUCUCGCCCCCCCUUCCUCUCAAAUGGGGUUCUUGCCGAACUUACUACAGUUCUAGAUCAUCACCAUGGAGACCCAGACAUAUGCACCAAUGUGGCCCGGAUAUUCAGCAAGCUGUCCUCCUAUAACGAGUGCUGCCUGGCCUUGGCAGAGGUUCCCCAAGUAUGGAGGAUAUUUAUAGACCUGUUGGGCAAACACAGCAAGAAGCAGGAUCUGGUGGUGCGGUUGUUAUUCACGUUGGGGAAUCUGGCCGCCCGUUGCCCAGAGGCUCGGGAGUGCAUCUACGAGGAGCGAGGAGGGGUGAAUACCCUCCUGCGUCUCUUCUACCUCUACCAGGAGCCCCGUGUGGCCCCCCAGGCCUCCUCAGGCGUGCACAGACUUGGGGCCUCGGAGAGGGAGGACGUCCUGGUGAAGUUGAUCAGGGUGUUGGCCAACAUCUCCAUACACCCGACAGCAGGCACCGCUCUGGCAGCCAGUGAAGAGUGUGUGGAGUUGCUCCUGAAGGUGCUGGAGCAAGGUUCAGUGGAGUUGAGUGAGGAGCUGAUGGUGAAUGCGGCCGCCACCAUUAACAAUCUGUCCUUCUACCAGGGAGAAAGCUCUGUGGUCCGCCGAAGGCACACUCGCAUCUCCCACUUAGUGUUGUUGAAGUUGUUGUUGAGCUGUAGUAUGGCUGCGGUGCUGGAGGCCACUCGUGUGUUUGGGAACCUGUCUCAGAUCCCAGACGUCAGGCACUUCAUCAUGGAGCAGAAAGUGCAUCAGUUUGUUGUGACGCUGCUGGACUCUAAGAGCUCAGAUGUGUGUUUCUCUGCGUGUGGCGUCCUCAUCAACCUCUCAGCAGAGCCACACAACAGACACACACUUAGACAGGAAGGAGUCAUACAGAAACUGGGAGACUGCUUGCGGGACUUCGGGCCAUGUGAUUGGCAGCUGGCUGGGCUGCUGUGUCAGACCCUGUGGAACUGUACAGAGGAAAACAUGGAGAAUGAGACAGAGGAGCUGCUUCACACACUCUCUAUGUAUCUAGACGAGGAAGAGGCUCUGUCCUGGUCGGCCGACAGCGCAAUGCGCGAGCUUCACCAGGCAUGCUGGGAACUGGACUUCCGUCCUGUCGCCCAGAGGCUGCGGAGGCGGAUCCUGGGUCAGGUGACACUGUCAGAACCAAUCAGAGAGCCGUCUUGAGUCGCUGCAUUUCCUGUGCGCCUGUGGUUUGUGUUUAUGUGUCUGUGUUUACAUCACUGUGGUGCGCUAGUCAGGGUAUGCACUGCACUUUAAUAGUUUGUAUGGUAAUUAAUUAUGAGAUUGGCCCACAUACUGGUCUGUGCUUCUUACUGAACUUGAAGGGUAAUGAACAAGUGUAACUGAUAAUGAACUGUUUGCACUUUACCCUAAGAAAGAAGUAAUUUGGUGUUGUGUAACUGCUGUUGUGAUGCUUGUUCAACUUCCUAGGGCUGUGGAACAAUAGAACACUUUUUAUUGUUCAAUCUGAAUCUGUGUGUUGACUUAACUGUCUGAACAACAAGUACUGAAAGAUAGCCUCUCGAGACAACAGAACAAUGCCUUCAAAUGCUUGUAUUAGAAAGAUACACACACACACACACACAAAACAUGAAUUCACAUCACAUCAAACAGGGCAAACAUAGCACUCCCCUUAAAACCCCACCCCAUUCCCCAACCUUCAUAUGCUUAACAGCAGUUCUAGAACAUUAAACCAUAAAAGCACACAUACACACAGAAGGCAUUGUCAACAUCCAUUGUACAAACAUGUCCUUAAUGAACAGCGAUAAAGAUCAGGUUUAUGCGAAGUUAGUCAGUCCCUGCCAGAACCUUUGACAUGAUGGGAACCGUGCCGUAAUCCACGGCUGUCUUUUGCCGAUCUCUGGCUUUCCGGGCCUUUCCGGGACAUCACCCCCCCUUCAGAAAAACAAAAACUGUGACUCAUAGAUGAGAGGGAGGUGAUG